AUGUCAUGUUUAUCUGUAUCCGUCCGGCAAGAUGAUUUCCUGACCGUUUUUUAUUUCUUUCAGCCAAAGACGAAACUCUUCAUAAAUGGGCAAUUUGUGGAUUCGGAGACCUCAGACUGGAUUGAUAUUCACAACCCGGCCACCAAUGAGGUGAUUGGACGUGUUCCCCUGGCCACUCAGAAUGAGAUGGAAGCCGCAGCAAAAUCCUGUGAGCGGGCCUUUCCUGCCUGGUCCGAGACCUCCAUCCUCCACAGACAACAGAUCUUCCUGCGUUACCAGCAGCUCAUCAAGGAUAAUCUGAAAGAGGUGGCCCGUCUCAUCACACUGGAGCAGGGGAAGACUCUUGCCGAUGCAGAGGGGGACGUGUUUCGUGGACUACAGGUGGUGGAGCACGCCUGUAGCGUGACCUCACUGAUGCUGGGUGAGACGCUCCCUUCCCUCACAAAGGACAUGGACAUUUACACCUUCCGCCUUCCCCUGGGCGUCUGUGCUGGGAUUGCACCCUUUAAUUUCCCUGCCAUGAUCCCCCUGUGGAUGUUCCCAAUGGGCAUGGUGUGCGGGAACACUUACCUCAUGAAGCCCUCUGAGAGGGUUCCCGGAGCCACAAUGCUUCUGGCCCGUUUGUUACAAGACGCCGGAGCACCUGAUGGGACGCUGAACAUUAUUCACGGGCAGCAUGCAGCCGUGAAUUUUAUCUGCGACCAUCCAUCCAUUCGGGCGAUCAGCUUUGUGGGCUCCAACCAAGCCGGUGAAUACAUCUAUGAGAAAGGCUCUAAGAAUGGAAAGCGAGUCCAGUCCAACAUGGGAGCCAAGAACCACGGGGUCGUCUUGCCCGAUGCCAAUAAAGAGAACACCUUGAAUCAGUUGGUGGGAGCGGCUUUUGGUGCGGCGGGACAGCGGUGCAUGGCGUUAUCAACUGCAGUUCUGGUCGGAGAGGCCAAGAAAUGGCUGCCGGAACUGGUGGAAAGGGCAAAGAAGUUAAGAGUGAAUGCCGGGGACCAGCCUGGGGCCGAUUUGGGGCCGCUGAUCAGUAAAGCUGCGAAGCAGAGAGUGUGCAGCCUGAUAGAGACCGGUGUAAAGGAAGGGGCCACUUUGCUUCUGGAUGGCAGACAGGUGAAAGUGAAGGGCUAUGAAGAUGGCAACUUUGUGGGACCCACGGUUCUCUCCAAUGUGACGCCAGACAUGACCUGCUACAAGGAAGAGAUCUUCGGACCGGUGCUGGUUGUUUUAGAAGCCGACAACUUGGAUGACGCCAUUAAUAUUGUAAAUCAAAAUCCCUACGGAAACGGCACCGCCAUCUUCACUACAAAUGGAGCCACGGCACGGAAGUACACUCACCUGGUAGACGUGGGACAGGUGGGUGUCAAUGUUCCCAUCCCUGUGCCUCUGCCAAUGUUCUCUUUUACUGGAUCUCGAGCUUCCUUCCGCGGUGACACCAACUUCUAUGGGAAGCAGGGGAUUCAAUUCUACACCCAAAUUAAAACGGUCACCUCGCAGUGGAAGGAAGAAGAUGCUACGGUGACCAGCCCUGCUGUGGUGAUGCCAACAAUGGGCCGUUCCUAAAAGUGGCUGACUUGUCUGUACUC